AUGAUUGCAUGUGCGUGGCAAUGGGCCCAGAAGACCAACAACCUCAGAAAGAAUGAGAUUCAUCAGGAAGAGGAAGCCAGGCUCCUCCUCACGGAUAACUUCGAGCUGAUUGAUGAAGAGGGCCAGGAGGUGACCAUGUCGGGGACCAUUGAGAUGGAGGAUGACACCGGCUUCCUAUUGACCAAUGAGCUUCCCUGCCAGAGCUCCUCUGCAGCAGACAUCGUGGCUAGAAACGUGCCCACCUCCUCUGGAACAGGCAACCCGGGGGCGGGAAACCAGCCAGUUCAGGACUCCCUUAGCACCACAGCUUCCUUCAAGAAGCUCAUAAUGAAGUUAGUCUAUAGUUUUGUUGGUUUGUUAUGUUAA